AUGCAGGCUCGAGGAAAGCGUAAGUGCAACCGGCAGUACCCAUGCAAUCAUUGUACUCGCCGCCGACGCCCAGAUGACUGCGCCUAUUAUCCAUCGGAAACGCCUCAACCGGUCAACCCACCGGCACAAGCGAAUGUUCAACGCAAUGGAAGUGAACAAAGAAGCAGCACUCAGCCAUCUGUUAGCGCUAAUUUUGUCUCCCGUGACCCGUUCCCUGAUUUGCAAAGCAACCAAAGUCCACAGAUAGACCUAGGAUCUCUGUCACUAGCAGAAGUCUUUGGCUACUCGGAGGAUAGUCACACCAACACAUUGGCGCUCUUACGUCUGGGAGGGCCAUGGGAAGAACGCAGCCUUGAUGAUAGAGACCAGACCCUAUCAAAUGACGUUGUCGCAGACUUUCAACAAAGUUUUGACAAAAUGCCGGAUCGUUCGAUCUUGGAUUUUCUUGUGCAAUACUUUGUGGCAGAAAUCUCCAAAAUCAACUCUCGGGCUGUUUGA